AGUCAGUGAAUCUGGUAUAAGUUCCUUCUGUGGCUGAUCAAAGAAGUUCGCGCCCCUGUCCUGACCAUCAAAAUAGUUGGCUGUGUCCUAGUCAAGUUAUCAAAGAAAGGAGCCGGCUCAGGCAUAGAAGCACUGAAAUAGUUGGGCAGUGUGGCAGUUGGGGGUGGUUCCUCCACACUGUGAAUGGAACUCGUCAUACAGUUCGUCGGGGUCCCAUUCUCGGGCGUCUUUUGCGAGGCGACAUUCUGUUUUCGCUGGUCCUUUAGUUCCUUGAACUGAGAAAAUUGGAUUUUGAUCAGUGACAAGUGAUGAUGUGGCCUGUUUUAUUGGUUGGGACUUAUUGGCAGCGGGAUUUGGGAUUCCGGAGUAAAAAAAAUAUUUAUAUUAAUUUACCCUUUUUUGUCAGAUGCCAGUUUUUAUGCUCUACAUGGUUGGUAUUUUAAAUUUACUUUACUUUUUAUAUAUUUAAUAGACGUAUAAAAUAAACAACAUUCAAUUUCUUGUAAAGAAAAUAAAAAACAUUCAUAUUUUACUUUUCGUUAGACAAUCAAAUUUAUCGCACCAAGAUACAGUAAAUUCCCAGUUUUUGGUCCCAUAUUUGUUAAAGUAUUCAAAUUAGGUAUCACAUUUAUGAUCAAGUAGUUUUUUGAAAUUGAAGAAUCGGUAAUGUUCGGGAACUUCGUUUGUGUCGGUAUUUGGAGUUUUCAUUGGUUAGAGGCACGCCUCGGCUUCCCUACUAUUGAAACAAUAGCAAGACUUUCAUGCGCAUGCGCGAAUGUUGGAACCAAAUACAAAUAUUCAAGAUUUACUUAUGAAAUGAAUUGGCGCGAAGAGGGACAUUUAAAAGUGCCUCUGGAAAGACUGCACACAAAAUAUUCAUUGAAAUUUAAUGUAAAAUUGUUAUUGAUAGUUUAACGGUCGGUUUUCCAAUAUAUUAGCGCUCUACCUCAUACACUGAGGUUUCAAACUUCCUUUUAUUAUAUAUUUGUUGUAACACAAUGCAUUAUGUCUGGUAUUAGGACACCAAGACUCGGUCCAGCAACCAAAAUAUGCAAUUUACUUCCACACAAGCUGCCAGGAAGUGAGUGCAAUGAUUGUGUACCGAUUUAAUGAAUACAAAUUGGUCAUUAAUCAUAGAAAAACAAAGUAGUUAAGGACCGAAGUCAAUAACACACAUAAACAAACAGUUAAUUAAGUUAUUUGAAUCGCGCGUGUUGUGGAAGCCGACGAGCACAUUCCACGCGACGUUUUACACAUUCCGUGUCACUUGAAACAGAGAGCAUUUCGCACCCGAUAAGACCACCGGCGGAAUCCGCAUUAUUUACCCAAACUACUCCACAUUAUUAACCGAUAAGCCGAACAACAAACAAAUCAGGUUGUUUAUCUGAACAUCAUCCCAUUCAUUUUAAUCAAUUUAGCGUAUGCAUCGGUCCACGAUAAGGGCUUAUCAAUCAUACACACACACGCCCAUUUAAUAUUGAAAUGGACCGUAAAUAUUUGCAUUGUUUCAGGAAACAAUUUCAGCACGGGUCCUUCUGCCUUGUGCGAUUCGUGUGCGGUCAAUGCCGGCGAUCCGAGUGCGUGGUCGCGGAGUGGGGAGGCCAGAUCAUCUGUCAAAUGUCAAUCACAUUUGAUUCGAUAUAGGUUGAGUUGUUUUUUUUACACACACACAUACAAUACGAGUGGUUUCACGGGCGGAACAUGCGACGCGCCGCACUUUCGACCGUGUCGCUCCACUGAAGUCGCGACGGUUGGACGGGAAUGUUUGUUCGUCGUGUGCACGGGUCGAUUUCGUCGGUUCACGUCCGGUUGUGUUUGGGGUGCUGCAUUGGGGUACGUGUGCCGUGCGCUAUGUGAUUCUGUGGAAUAUUUCACUGAGUUAAGGAGAUAAGGCUUGCGACACGGGACACGUGACGCGUCCGUCAAGAAUGAUAGAAUGACCGACUGAAAGAAAGAAUUGAGAUGGAACGCGUCGGCGACAGCACACCGUCCGACUACCUGAACGAGGAGGAGAACGUGCAGCUGGCCGCCCUCGAGCCGAACCUGCAGACGUGGGCGCUGACCGGUCUGCAGGACGAUGGCGGCGGCGGAUGUUGGAGCGGCUACAUGCCGGUGCCGUUCGAACGGGCGUCGAAACGAAGCUGGUGGGAUCCCACGUUCGAUUCGGAGGUGCUCGAGGAGCAGUUCCGUGCAAGCUCGAAUCCGCACAUACGGUACAAGUUCAGGUACGCCCUUGUGUACAUGUUCAUGGUGACGCUGGCAUGGUUCCUGUACUUCCUGGUAUGCGGUUUCGUGUACACGAAAACCCCGUUCUACAUUACGUACUUGCUGGCACUGACGAUGGUCUGCAUCCUGACCUUGGUGGCGUUCACGUUCACGAAAAAGUACCACCGCCACGUGCCGGACGUUUCGGUGUUCGCCGCCCUGGUUUUGGCCUCGCUGAGUCUGGUGUUUUUGAGCGUGGCCCAGUUGGAGGCGGGGCGGAUGCCCUCGGGUUACUUCGCAGUUUGCGUCCAGGUCCUGGUCCUGGUUUACGCAUUGUUACCGCUGAAGUUGUACGUGUGCAUCGGACUGGGCGCUGUUUUUUCCGUGACCUUCGAAAUCGCCUCGGCUAAAUUCGGUAAAGGGCCCUCGGAAGGAGAGUAUAAUGCUUUGCAAAUAGUGGUGAUCAAAGCGCUGACGCAUUUGGCGUUGCAUCUGAUAGGCCUGCAUAUAUUUCUGAUGUCGAAUGUCCGCAUGCGCAGCACCUUCAUGCGAGUGGGCGUGUCCCUGCUGGUACGUCGACAGCUGGAGCUGGAGAAAAAAUUGAAGGAGAACAUGAUCCACAGUUUGAUACCUAAGAGCAUCGUCGAACGAUUGAUCCGCGACAACGACAGCAACGACAAGCUAGAUGCCAGACGCAGAAGCUCGCAGGACACAGGGAACGACAUAAAAUCCUUGUUUAGGCCGUUCAAUAUGUCCAUAAAGGACAAUGUUAGUAUACUGUUUGCGGACAUUUGUGGCUUCACCAAAAUGUCGAGUAACAAGAGUGCGGAGGAGUUGGUGGACAUUUUGAACAAUUUAUUCCAAAGAUUCGAUUUGAUUUGCAAGCAGAACAACUGUGAAAAAAUCUCCACGUUGGGUGAUUGUUAUUAUUGCAUAAGUGGGUGUCCAGACGAUAACAAGGAUCACGCCAAAAAUUGUGUAGAAAUGGGCCUCCACAUGGUUGAAGCCAUUAAAGAAUACGACAAUGAAAAGAAUCAAGGUAUAAAUAUGAGGGUGGGAAUCCACACAGGAAAAGUAUUGUUCGGCAUCGUCGGAACGAGGAGGUUCAAAUUCGACGUGUGGAGCAACGACGUCACCUUGGCUAACAGAAUGGAGAGCACAGGAAAGCCGGGAAUGGUGCACAUCUCCGAGAAAACCUUAAAAUUCCUGGACGAUCAGUACUUGACCGAGGAUGCGGAACCAGUUUUCGGUUUACAAACUUAUUUUAUUUUGGGCAGAAAGAGCGACCGCACGCCCAGCUACAGCGGCAGCUUUCGCGCCGAAGGCCGUCAGAAGUACACCAACUCACUCCAGUUGUACGUGCCGACGCCUACCGAUGUGCGUUCGUUGACGCCGAACGCGCACGCGUCCAUGUCUCCCCAGACACGCCCUCGAGUCUUGUCCUGCGACACGAGCGCCACCUACUCGAAACACCUCGACGUGAACCACGACCCUAACCUGUUGUCGCCCGGAGCCUGCAAGAUUAAGGCCAGCAGUCUGCCUAGCAUUUUAGACACGGAGAUCGAGGGUGGACAGGAGGGCUCGGAGGCUGUGGUCGGUGUGAACGGCAGGAAGAACGUGAGUAACGGCAAAUACUCAGUUAAAAAGAAGAACUGGAAGAUUCCCAGAUUCAUAAGAAAGACCUCGGAGCAGAGGAAUGAGGGCGAGACCGACGUGGUUAUUGCGGACGGUGGAUAUCAGCAAGUGCCAACCAUCAUCGAGUCUGGCCACAAUGCGAAGAAGAAGGAGAGCGUGAUCAGCGUCCCGGACCAGUCCGAAGGCGAAGACCAGUCUGCCAACAUCGACAUCAAGUCGUAUAUUAGCCAGUCGCGUAGCGAUAUGUUGGGGCUCUCCGAUUAUAGCCCUGGUGUCGCCAGUGACUUCAUACGUGUCGGCAGCUAUAGGUCACAAUAUGGGCGACCCACAAACAACGAUUUUGCAUAUUUGAAUCGUGCAAACAGCAAUCGGUCAAGACGUGGAAGGUCGCCCAGUCAGUUCGACGGUAGCUUCGAACCUACAGAAAGGGCGCGAAGCGCCACCGUUGUUCUCGGGGCUUGCAACUUCAGUUUCAAUCGCCCACUCCCCAAGCGUUCCUUGGAUAUCUCCUCCAAAAUGUCCAGUAAUGCAAUACUGGACGACAACUCAAUCGGCAAUAGUCGUAAGGAUUCGGGGAUCAGGAGUAAUUCGAGGCGGAGCAGCAUCCAACAACCGGAUUCGACUCUGAACUCGGAUUUGCUCCAGCAUCGCGUCUCCGGCUACUACACGUCGUCCCAGAGCACCGUCAACUCUCCCAUCGGACCCAACAGCUCGCUGGGCAAGCACGAACAGGUGUUCAAGAACGGGCAUUGCAUAAAAAACUUGCGGAAGCAAAGCGACCGUCAGCUGAUCAAAUGCGUGCAGGACAACAGCAAGUCGCAGUCCAAUUACUUCAUAAAACCACCACUAUCGCAAAUCACCUUGUUCUUCAAGGACAGGGCGAUGGAGGAGAGUUAUAGGGCACACGUGCACUCGAUACAGGAGAACGACACGCUCUCCGACUCCAAAUACAACACGUACUUGGACGUGUUCGUGAGCACCAUAGUGUUCAUUUGUGUCACGUUCGAGUUGCUGGCGUUGUACGGGACGACGACCGGUUGGAUCGUCGGUCUGGUCGUGCUGGUCUGUUUGCAGGGUUUGGGCAUAUUCCUGUGUUUGCGCAGGGUGAUCUCGCAGGGAGAAGUCGCCGCAUUUACCACCAGUUUUUUCAGAUGGAACCUGUACGGCACCGUGUUGGUGACGUUGCCAAUGUCGUUCACGUUGAUCAACUACGGGUACGACAAGUUUACGUAUGAACAUUUGCACUUGUACAGCUACGUGCUGUUCCUGUCGCUCGUGCACUUCUGUAAUUUCACUCAGGUUAAUUGUUGGGUGAAGAAUUUCGUUGCGAUCGUUUGCUGCGUCGUUUUGGUGGCGCUGAUCUGCAACCACUUCACGGUGGCGACCGACUUGCCCGUCACUGGGCUUGCGCAAGUCAAUCAUACGUUUGACACAUCGAAUUUUACAACACCAAGUAACAAUAGUCGGCCAAAGCGAAGUGUCGAAGAGGACACCAUAGAUUUAAGUUUCAUGAACGACACUUUGCUAGUCGAAGAACCCAUUCCGGUUGUGACUGACAACGAAAUAGCCAAACAAAGGAACACCAGGGACUCCAACAAAACUAUCACCGUCACCAUAACGAACGAUUAUACUUAUACACAGACGUAUCUUCCGGACAUGUACAUCAACAUAUUUUUGCUGCUGGUUUUGGUCAUCUGGCUGAACAGGGAGCUGGAAAUCGGCUACCGCCUGUCGUUCCACGCGAACUACGUGUCCAACAAGGACAAGAUCAACGUGGAGUCGCUGAAAAACCAGGCGGACUACUUGAUUUACAACAUAGUGCCCGAACACGUGGCCGAGAAACUCAAAAAGGACGCCAAAUAUUCCGAAAACUUCAAGGACAUCGCCAUAAUAUUCGCCAGUAUUGUCAACUUCAACGACCUCUACGACGAAACCUUCGAAGGUGGAAUUGAGUUUCUGAGAGUCCUGAACGAACUGAUAGCAGACUUCGACGAACUAUUGGACCGCAAGGAGUUCCAAAGCGUGGAAAAGAUCAAAACGAUAGGCAGCACCUUCAUGGCGGCAUCCGGCCUAAACCCAGAACACCGUCGCAUGCAACGAGACAAAAACGAACACCUGUACGAACUAAUGGAGUUCGCCUUGGAGCUGCAGAACGUCGUCAACCGCUUCAACGAGGAUUUACUGGAGUUCAACCUGAUUUUGAGGGUUGGCUACAACAUUGGGGACGUCACGGCCGCCGUCAUAGGUAACACCAAGCUGUACUAUGACAUUUGGGGCGACAGCGUGAACAUUGCGUCCCGUAUGGACUCGACGGGGGUGAACGGGAGGAUCCAGGUGGGCGAAAGGUGUUUGGAGUACCUGGACAAGCGGUACGAGUUCGAGUCGAGGGGCCCGGUUUACGUGAAGGGCAAGGAUAAUAUGAAUUGUUAUUUGUUGAAGCGCAGACGAACGUCUGACUUUCUAUGUGUGCCCGAAACUUAAGCACUUUUGUAAAUAUUGAAACAAUUAAAUUAUUAACUGUGAUAAAAACAUUAUACUGAACCUUCUUUGUAAGAACAAUGAAACACAAGGUUUUUAAAACAAUGGUUUUGAUAUAUUUAUAUUAUUAUUUGAUAUUUAUUUGUACGCGAGAACAUAAUAUUAUAAAUAGAUCUCAAUUUUAUAUUGUACAUAGUUGUAUUCAUAUACAAUGCGGGCGUCUGGUCCGAAAUGCCAUAAAGCAACACCAGGUGGGCACAUUUUUAAACCUCAACCGUACCAAAACUUAAUGACUUAAAACGUUAUGUGCUACCCUGGGUGUUGUUUUGUAACAUUUGAACAAAUUUGUCCAAGCUCACGCCUAAAAAGCUCUUUCAAACAAUUUUAUACUGUCCCUUGAACUUUGCGCUUUGUAACAGACGACCAAACAUUGUUCCUCUCUUGUUUUUUUAUCCAAAAGUGAAUGCAAAGUUGAAUGGGGACAAUUCUGAACUCGCCUUUCUGAACUUGUACAACAUUUUUAAACCUUUUUACUGUAACGAACUCAAUUUUACUGAUGUAUUAUUAAUAGGUGAAUCAAAUUGUAGUUUGUACGAUUUAUAUACCGUUUGACUGUGCUAUUUACUUGUAAUAUAGCUUGUACUUUUUUGUAUAGUACAAGUUAAUAGACAGGAAAACAAAUUGGAACUAUACAACUAUUUUAUACGCAACUUUUUCAAUUUAAUACGCUGAACUAAUGAUUAACGAACGUUACUUUGGCCUAUAAAACUUCACCUUAUAGAUUAGUGCAAUAAUUAUUUUGUUAUAAUGAACAAAUAUGAGAUUGAAUCCGGGCAGCUUUAAUUUAAAAUAAAUUACUGUUCCUAAAUUAAUAAAAUGUAUACCCUAACAAAAGAUAUUUAUGUUGAUGUAAGGGUGACUGUCCGUUGUGAUAUUCAGGUAGUUUUCGUCGCAAUAACAAUGAACAAACUUUGCAUUUCUUUACUCAUGAACAGUCGCCCCGAAGAUGCAUUUAUUAUUUGUAUAUAUGUAUUUAAUGAUGGAUGUCACUACUGUAACUUUUGUAUAUAUUUAUUUGAUCGGGUCGCGCUAAUAGAGAAUAAUUCAAGUGCCUUGUGGAUUAUUUAUUAUCGCUUUAUGUUUCCAUUAUUUUUUUCGGCACCCUUGUAAAUGUAUUUAUUGUAAUAACCUGAUGUAACCUCUUCUAUUUGAAAUAAAUACAUGCUGUGACUAAAUGA